AUGUUGACGGGGCGCAAGGCGAAAAUGUUGGGCUAUCGUGCUCGCUCAGCUUUCAAGCUACUUCAGAUCGAGGAGGAAUUCGGCUUGCUGGACAGAGCUGAGUGUGUCGUGGACUUGUGUGCAGCACCGGGGAGCUGGAGUCAGGUCGUCCAGAGAGGGAUCUUUCCUCCACAUGGGUUGACUCUCGUUGCAGUUGUAGCUGUUGAUGUGCAACGGAUGAAGCCGCUGGAGGGAGUGAUCCAAAUACACGGCGACAUCACUAGUCAAGACACCCUCGACAAAGUUCGAGCGCACGUCAAGGGCAAGACAUGCGACGUUGUCGUAUGCGAUGGGGCGCCAGACGUGACGGGGCUGCACGAACUUGAUAGACACCUGGGAGAGAGCUUAGCCAUGUCAGCCUUCGAGGCAGCCUGUCAACUGCUCAGAAGUGGAGGAUCGUUUGUGGUCAAGGUGGGGAGGUUACGGGCAAGGCAAUCAGCUGAUCAGCUUGGUCAAUAG